AUGCUUGAUGUACAAUCAAAACUCGAAUUUUUAGCGGAUCUUGAUCUGUACAAGACCCAGCGACCAUUUAUCUUCACUCCUGGACAAGACUCUGAGAAACAGAUCGAUACAGGCGAGCACAAUCUCAACACCGUGGAGCUUCAGUAUGAAACUGUGACUUUGCUUGAUAUCAGACACGAGCCUGGCUAUAAAAUGCAGGAAUGCGGCUUUGAACUAGUCGCGAAUGAAAUGCAGAACACCGGGCUCAAUUUCCUGGAAGAGAGCGCUCGAAAUCAAUACGCAUGUGAGACUGAGGAAUUCUGGGUCAAACACCUCAAUGCAGAAUACGCCCUAUGCUACGAUGUCAAGCUUCGUAGAAACGGAUUCUGGGACCCUGAUGAGCCUGUUGACUUAUUGAAACGAGGUUGGCUCGAGCCACCGGCGAGAGGGAUUCAUGUUGAUCUUACCUUCGAACAAGCACCUGUGCUCAUAACCAAACAUCUCACUGGUCGAGGUCAACAGCAGUACCUCAAGCCAGGCUUCAGAAUUCGGAUUGUCAAUACUUGGCGGCCGCUGCUGCCUGUGAUCGAAGAUAAUCCACUUGCCUUCUGCGAUUCCAGGUCUGUGGCUCCGUCUGAUCUUGUUCUUGCGGACCGGGUUUUCCCAAACUAUAUCUAUACGCUCUACUUCUUGAAGCACAAUCCUGCCCAGAGAUGGCAUUGGGUUUCGGAACAAACACCAUCUGAAAUUAUGUUGAUGUUGAUGUACGAUACCGAACCAGGAGCCGCAAGAUUCUGUGCUCAUGGGUCCUUCCAGAACCCUCUUGCGCCAGUAAAUGCUCCUCCGAGGGAGAGUAUUGAAACCCGGACUAUCGUCAUCAGCAGGGAGUGA